GACGUGCCUCGCGGCGGCGGCCAACCGCCGGAUUUGAAUCGCGGCUCCGCUCGGGGCGGCGGCGGCGGCGGGAUGGGUGCCCCGUCGUUGCCCGCGGCCUGGCAGCUCUACCUAAAGGACCACCGCGUCUCCACGUUCAAGAACUGGCCCUUCCUGGAGGGCUGCGCAUGCACCCCGGAGCGGAUGGCCGCGGCCGGCUUCAUCCACUGCCCCACCGAGAACGAGCCCGACUUGGCCCAGUGCUUCUUCUGCUUCAAGGAGCUGGAGGGCUGGGAGCCGGACGACGACCCCGUAGAGGAGCAUAAAAAGCACUCGUCUGGUUGUGCUUUCCUUUCUGUGAAGAAGCAGUUUGAAGACUUAACCCUCGGUGAAUUUUUGAAACUGGACAAAGAAAGAGCCAAGAACAAAAUUGCAAAGGAAGCCCACAGUAAGCAGAAGGAGUUUGAAGAGACUGCAAAGGAGGCGCGCUGUGCCAUUGAGCAGCUGGCGGCCGCUGAGUGACGUGCCCCGGGUCCCUGCGUGGAGCCCCCGGAUCCCAGCUGUUCUGAGGGCCGGGGCGGUGCCUUAGGAAACAAGAACACCCACAUUUUAAAAUGAGGCUAUUUUAACUGUCUUUUUGUUUUCUCUUGAAAGUGACGCCACGGCCACUUCUGCCGUUGCUCCUGGUGGUGUUGCUGGGCACAGUCCCUCUCUCUUUCUCUUUGGUCGUUUUUUUGCUUUAUGGAUCCUGGACUUGCCAGGAGGGAAACAGGAGUUUGGUCACGUGGGCAGAGCCCUUCCAUAGGGCAGUGUCUGGGCGAAAUGUCGACUGGCUGUGGAGCCCCAGGUUUGCUGUGAAUGCGAUCAGAGGUCCCCUGUCACUGGACAAAUAGAGAAUUAAGGAUACCAAUUAAGUUUUAUUUGCAUAACCUAACGUUACAGUGUGCGUUUCUUCUGUUCCCAAUACUCUGUUAUCUCACUUUAACAAGUCCUGCGGCCAUCCUCUUAGGGGCCAGGCCUCUGACUGCUGAGUGAUUAAGGGUUUCCUCACCUGGUUCAUUUGUCAUCUUCAAGGCCGCAGAGGGGCUUUAGGUAGAGCCCUCCAGUGACAGGCUCGAGUGGCUGGGAGGGACGGAGGAGGACUGACCUCUUGAGUAAAGCUGGCCUCUUGCUUUGAGGUCGGUUGGAGAUCCUUCCCCUCCAGUGGGCACAUGGCAAGGUGACAGCAUUUCCCUAAAACAGUCAAGGAAAAGGCCCCUAAUGCCUGACACAGCCUUUUCCAGGGCCCGGCUCUGCGCUUCAUCCUUUCUAGUCAGAAGAGCGCAGAGCAGAUUCUCCUGCGAGCCCUGCCCUGGACGGGCUGCCAUCCACCCUGGGCGGGCAGGGGCGGGGGGAACCCAGGAAGGAGCUCCUGGGCUCACAUUUCCGGUAUUCUGCAGGCAGCUACUUCCCAUUAAGGAUGUGGGUUAGGCGGCUGAUAAUUCACCUGUCUUUCUAAUAUGAAUCUUCCUAAAGUAGGACAUGGAAUAAAUUAAUUAAAAAAUUGUACUGGAAAA